CUCUCGGUGGCCCGGGGGCGGAGCCGGGUGGUGACGUCACCUCUUCCGGUUUCAUGCCAGCCACGACACAUUUCCGAGUGUUCGUAUGUGUCACCGGGUCCUGCUCGCCCCCGGAGUGUCCCCGGAGUGUCCCCAGCAGCCAUGGAGCCUCAUGAGGUGCUGAAAGCGCAGGUGGACGUGGUGGCCACCCUGGGUGAGCUGGUGGCCACAGUGACCGCACCACGCAGGAGCGUGUGGCCACUCCUGUACCAAAGUUCCCUGCACACAGACCUGACGAGAUUCACCGGGAACCUCCAUUGCACCCUGGACCGCCACAGUGUCGUCUCCCUACACCAGCGUGGUGUCACCUCCCUGCGCCACAGGCAUGACACCCCCCGGGGCCAGCGCGGUGUUACCAACCAGAACUGGCUCCUGGCCACCCUAACAGCCACCCCAAGGGCUACCUGGGCCAAUGUGAGAGCCGCAGCCAGAGCCUGGCGGGAGUGGGUGGACGGGCUCGAGCACAGCUGGUUCUGGCUGGUUGAGGAGGCUGCCGAUCUCCUGGAUGACUGGGAGGACGUGGCCAAGGCCACUCCCGAGGCCACCACCGAGGAUACGGAUGAUGCCGCUGCCACUGCCCAGGCUGGGGACUUGCAAGGCAAGACUGCUAGCCAGGAGAUAGCUGGGGACAGCCUGGUGCACGCAAUCUGGCUGCCGCCAGUGGCCCUGGCAGAGAAAAAGGCAGCUUUGUUGGUGGCCGGACAUGAGGCCCGGGUGGCAGCGGCCACCAAGGCCAUGGAAGAGGCCAUGGAAGAGGCCAUGGUGGCCGCCAGCCAGGUGGUGGCAGCCACCAGGAGGGUACAGCAGGCAAAGGUGGCCCGGGGGCUGCUGGGGCGCUUGGUGGUCAUGUGUGACAGAGCCUCCCUGCUCCCCUUGGAGCUGCAUGAUCGGCUCAAGGACAUCGAGGCUGCCCUGGCGGGGACAGAGGAGGCAUAUACCGAUGUCCCCGAGGCCUUGGUGGCCGCGGUGGCUGAGGUUGAGCUGCUGUGUGAGGCCAGCGCCCACCUGACUACGCGUCACCUGCUGGGGACACUUGGGGACAUCCAGAAGCUCCUCUCUAGUCCCUGUGGUGGCUCCAGUGGCCCCCGUGCAGUGUCUGAGCAGUGCCAAAAAGCCAUCGAGGACAUCCCGAGGCUGCUGGGGGGACAGUGAUGUCAACCCUGUGACAUCAUUGGGGCGGUGACAUUGUCAGGAACAUCAGUGGUGUCACUUGUCUCUUGCCCCUCACCAUGCAGUGUUUGAGACACUUCUGGGGAAUUUUCCAAGAAUUUUGAUUGAACCUGACCCAAAUCCUGAUGGGAAUUCCUGGGCUGACGUCACUGGGGAGACUCAGGGACACUUGGGGACACGCAGGGAUGCAGGGGCAGGGGGUGAAUGAGCCCCCUCAGUGCCUUGUAGGAGAGGUGGCAGACCCAGGCUAUAAAUGACAAUGGAAAUGACAAUAUAAAUAACAAUACAAUAUUGUUAUUUAUAUUGUCAAUUACAAUAUUUUGCAUGCACGUAUCAGCUUUUGCACGUUGUUAUUGAUCACAAUGGUUUUGAUAUGGUACAAUUAAUAAUUUCAGCUGCUUUUUGGUAUAACAUAAUCUAUGAGAUUAUGUGUACACCGUGUAGUCUACAUAAAUGGUAGCGUAAUAUAUCAAUAUUAUACUGUAGGCCUUAGGGAAAUAUUAAAAUAGAGACUGUGCAAUGCUAAAAUGCUUUAUAGUAUAAAUAUUAUAACUAACUUUUAUAUUAUAACCAACUCAGAGAAUGGAGUAAGACAAUUCUGUUUUUUCUCACAUCUGUGGGUUGGUGAUAACAGUGACAGAAACCAGAGUGCCAGAGAAGAAUUUAUUAAUUUACCAGGGAGAGUGGAACAACAGGGUGAGACCAGGGGAAGAAAUAAAACAUAUAUAUAUAUAUAUAUAUAUAUAUAUAUAUGAUGUCCAAACUCAUGAAUACAUGUGUGCCUCAGCAAUGGAGCAGUGCACAGAGAACAUUGUUUUAAAACACCCCAACGCUGGAUAUUGUCCCUUUUUUAUCCGUGAUUAAACUUGUAACAAUUUCAAAGAGUGAACCUUGUUUUUCACACCCGGGUCUGAUUUGGGGGGGCCGGGGGGGUCCCGGGCAGCCCCCGCCACCCCCGAUCACGGCCCCACUGCUGAGCACUGACCUUGACCCAGGGGUCACCGGGACUCCCCAAAAUCUGCACCCACACCCCCUUCAGUGGAGCUGGUGCCUGGAGAGGCUCCUGGAGCAGAGGUUGGACAGAGUGAAAUGGACAAAAGAGGGAUUGAUUGAAAGGGUUCAAAGGGUUCACCUAGGGCAGCACAGGAUGGAUCCAGGAUGGAUCCCAAUCAGGAGAUUCCCCCUUUUAUAAGUUUUGGUCCAUUUAUGUAUUGGGGUUAAUUGCCCAUUUACACUUCAGGUGAUGAAGUCCCACCCUCCCAGAUCCCUCUCCUCAAUCCGCUGCUGUUUGCACUUCUUGGGCCCGAAGCUGCAGCGGUGCCUUGGUUCUGGGGCUGGAGAAGGAAUUGUUUUGUCUGACUGAGCUGUGAGCAGAACUUGCUCACACUUUGUAUGAAAUUCAGAGUCACACACCAGUGCAGUGCAGAAUAUGGAAAAUAUAAAAGCUCAAACUGAAGGCAUCAUUUCCCUCCUUUACAGGCUUGACAUGGCUUUUUCCUUGCUGAGUCUCUAUUCUGAAUAUCUACUAGUAAUAAGUAUUUAAUAAGAGAAAAGUAACCAAUAAUAGGUAUUUAAUAACAUAUAAGUACCUAACAACAGUAAAUAACUGACAACAAUAAAUAUCUAACAACUGUAAAUAACUAAUAAUUGUAAUCAACUAACAACAGUAAAUAUUCAACAACCAAUAAAUAUCUAAUAGUGAACAAAUACCUAACAAUAAAUAAAUAUCUAAUAACAGUAAGCAUCUAAUAAUAGACAAUAUCUAACAAUAGCAAAUAAAUAUUGUUACUAAGGUUAAUAAUAAUAUACAAUAAUAAUAAUAUUAAGAACAAACAUCUAACAGCAGUAAUGUUUUGCACAGUUGGCUGUCAUGCAAAGAAGAAUAAUGAUUAUCAUCAGCAGUUCUUUAGGCACAGAACAGGAAUCAUUUUAAGGGUGUUUUCAUCUGCAUCAGUGCAGCUGUGUCCAGCCCUACCGGUCUGGGUACCACGAUGUGAUUCUGGAGCUUCUGCAAGGUGGAGCCUAAAGCCAUCAGAUAUCUCUGCAAAUCAAGCUUCCCCUUCGUUGGGUGAUUGAAGAGAGGGGAUCUCCAUGGUUUGCAUCGUGAUGCCCGUUUUAUUGAAUACACUGCUGGUUUAUAGACCUUUCAAGCACAAGCCAAAAAUAACUACUCGCUUAAGCAAUAACAACCAUAACAACAUAAUAAUCUGUUUCAAAUUAAAAUUGCUUAACUGUGGCCCAGCAGAGACUUGCACAGGCCUCUACAUUUUUGCAUACCAAGCACACCCUGAUCUCUUCCUCCUUCAGAGUCCUGCCUCAACUUGUCAGAGCUUGUGGCCCUCUAGCUCAUCUGUAAUGAGUUCAGCAGUACUUUGAGUCCUGCUUCUUAGCUGUUUUCCUGUGGGAACCCUAAAAAACCCCUCAGGGAAACUUCCAGGCUUUGCCCUGGGAGAAUGUACCACAGACUUUCUCUGCCUAGGUUGAGAGAGGAUUUCCCCCAUGGUGCCCUGCAGAACUGCUGCCAUUCUGUCCUGGAUUGCUUCCCCCACUGUCCACUUGGCCCUGCCCUCCCCAGUUGUUUGUCCCUCAUCCCCCCAUGGGUUUGCUGCCCCUUGCCCUGUGUACCACCCCUGUGCCCCCAUUGGUUCCUGACCCCAUACUUAAGCCAGGACAAAUGACAUGGUCUUUUGUCUUCUCUCCCUGAUCCCUUCGGCAUGCUGAAAUAAACCUUGCUGGGAAAUAUCAUAGAGGAGGCGCUUCCUGUCUUUCCUCUGCUGAGGCCUGUGUGUGUGCAUGGACUGGAAUUGGCUGUUCCUGGGGCCUGCUGGGAGCGGCUGCUGAAGGAGAUGCUUUGGGAAGGGAGCAGCGUUUCUCCAUCCUGCCACAAUGCUACAAACAUCCUCCUGACCGUGGGGCCUAUCGUGGGCUCCUCAAAAGUGUCUCCACGUGGCCGCUGCCACUGGAUUUGAAGUCACUGCCAGGUAUUCCAUUUCCCCGAGGGGAAACCCUGAUUUUCUGGGGAAAUUCCUGAGUGCCAUGACCUCUGGAUUGUCAAAGAUGUUGAGGACUGGUUGCCAGCGGAACCACCAUGAGAGGUUUGUUUUUGACCCACCAGACAGGUGAGUGUGUUGUGGUGAAGGUCACCUUUUUUUCUUUUUUUUCCCCUGUUCUAACCUCGUGGGAGGGGGAAAGUUGCAAGAUAGGAGCAAAACUCUCAUUCGAGCAGCAGGAAGUCCUUUCCCAAAUUUCUAGAGUCCUUGUUAGUCAUAAUGCUAAGUUUUCCAAAAAGGAUUUAAAAGUUUCUGUUUGCUGGAUUUUUAAGCAUUUCACAGAUAUUAUGCAAGAUUCACUCUUAUCAGUUGAGUUUUGGGAGAAAGUAGGGAGAAAGCUCUUUGUUUUAAAUAGUAAAGGGAAAUUGUGAGUUGCAAAAUUUUACCCGAUUUUUGAUUUAUCAAGUGAUUGUGAGUUUGGGAGACAGUUCAGUGAAUGCUAGAAGUUCAGUACUAUUACAAAUGUUGCAAAAAACAAGGCCGUAGAUCCAAAGGUGGUAAAAAAGAAAAGGCCAAUCGUUUAUUGAAACCAGAUGGCUACAGGAACAAGAGGCUGAACUGGUCCCAGCCCCUCACGGCGAGCAAGAGCAAACAAGUACGUAAUAAUACAGGCAAGCCCCCAGAACAGGCUGUCCAUGGGAGCGAAGCACCCCUGAGGGCGGUCAGUCUCCUCUUAUAGGCUCAGACCCCUCAGCGAUUGGUGCAUUUUGGAUCCUCUGUAUGAUUGGUGCCUUUCCUCAGCUCUCUUAGGUCUUUAACAGGGUGCACUCCACACCAAUCAUUCUUUCCUGCCAUGAGUUGAUUGGUUGAUUAUAUUCACCAAGGAAGGCUCUGGAUGGUAAUCUCCGGGUUGUCUGGAGAACAAAAGAUUCCUUCUCCUUCUCUCCCCCAGUAUGCCCCUCAACAAGCUGUUAUAAAUGCCAAUACGAUAUUCCAAAUAAAUAAUUUUGAUUUAUUAAUCAAAAGAUCGAAUUACAGAAUUUCGGUAAACCCACCAACAGCGGAGAUACUUGACAGUCUUUUUCCCGGGAAAAUGCCAAGGGUGAACCGUGAGACACAGAACCUGGCACUCUGCUGCCUCCCCUUCGGUUCACAAAUAUGCCCGGUUCCGGGCUUAGUUUUUGUACACUUUAUUCUGCCCUCAGCAAUAUUUCCCCAUAUUUCCUUUGUUUCCUGGCUAGCUAUUCAAAUCCAAGGGUGUCUCUGGCUAGGCUGGACAGAGUUCUUUCUCUCAGUUCAUAUGUUAAUGUCCAAUUUCUAUAGAUCCUUAUGGCUGAUGAAUGGUCGAGAUAUGGAGGAUGAUGCUUGAUGCUCUGUGAGGGUGUCAGCAGAGGUGUGGAUGGCUUGGCCGCCUUAUCUUGAUGGGUCUCCUCCCAGUGAAGGAGGAGACUGCCGGUUUUCCCCAUAAACCUUUUGUCUAUUUCUGAAUGUGAGUUUCUGGGGUGGUGCCUGCCUUUUCAUGAUUUGGUUUAACAAAAUGUUACAGGGUGUCCUGAAACUUAUAUUUUCAUACAACACACACACAUAUAUACAGUUUUAUAGUUUUCAAUAAAUUUCAUUAACUAUAAGAACAUGAAUUAACAUACUACAUUUUUCACAAAGCCUAUCACUAUUGUAACAAUAUUGGGACUGCAACCGCACAAAGUUUCUACAGCCAUUUAAAAAUUAUACAAAGCAACA